AAAUGGCUUCCACAAUUGACAUUAAUUGGGACUCUGAUGUUAUAAAUGGCACUGAGAAACCCUAGGGAGAUGAUUUUAGAGAGUGGUUUUCUUUUGGGUAUCAGCAAAUAUUUACUAAUAUUCAAGAAAAGUAGUGCCCUGUCUUUAUUAGAGAAAAAUAAAUAAAUAAAUUAUGUAAAAAGAAGCAGCAGACACACACCCUUUUCUCUUAUAAAUUUCUUCAUAUCAGUAAUUCAAUAUCACCUCACAGAUUCUUUUCUGCACUCUUUUCUACCUUUUCCCUCUGUUUCUGGUUGUUGUCAUCUUUCCUUUCUUUGUGCUGCUGAAUCUUGCUACCUAGCAACAAUGGUGGCGAAGAAGCCAAGAGUUGUGAUUAUUGGAGCAGGAAUGGCUGGUCUCACGGCUGCAAACAAGCUCUACACUUCUGCUAGCUCAAAAGACUUGUUUGAGCUCUGUGUUGUGGAAGGUGGCAACAGAAUUGGUGGCAGAAUCAACACUUCUGAAUUUGGUGGUGACCGGAUAGAGAUGGGAGCAACAUGGAUCCAUGGCAUUGGAGGCAGCCCAGUUCACAAAAUUGCUCAACAAAUCAAUUCCCUUGAGUCUGAGCAGCCAUGGGAGUGCAUGGAUGGAUACAUGGACGAGCCAAAGACUGUAGUCGAAGGUGGGUUUGAGCUCAAUCAAUCACUGGUUGAGUCCAUAUCCACUCUUUUCAAGAACCUGAUGGAUUUUUCUCAGGGGAAAUUGAUUGAAAGCAGGGAAAACUCUCAAGGAGUUGAUUUCUACAAGCUUGCAGCUAAAGCAUAUAAGACCUGUAAAAGCAAUGGUGGUGUCUCUAGUAAGCUGAGUGUUGGUGCUUUUCUCCGACAAGGCUUGUCUGCUUACUGGGAUUCUGUGAAAGAUGAAGAAGAAAAGAUGAAAGGGUAUGGCAAUUGCAGCAAAAAGUUGCUAGAGGAAUCCAAUUUUGCAAUGCAUGAAAAUGCACAAAGGACUUAUACUUCUGCAGGAGAUCUCCAGACUCUAGAUUUUGAUGCAGAAAGUGAGUAUCGGAUGUUUCCAGGCGAAGAAAUCACCAUUGCGAAAGGCUACUUAAGCAUAAUCGAAUCACUGGCUUCUGUUCUGCCCAAGGGUCUAAUCCAAUUAGGCAAGAAGGUGGCAAGAAUCGAAUGGCAACCUGAGGCUCAACAAUCAAUGGAAAAUGGGUAUGCGAAUAGGCCAGUGAAGCUACAUUUCUGCGAUGGAUCGGUUAUGUGCUGCGACCAUGUUGUGGUCACAGUAUCACUGGGAGUACUUAAAGCCGGAAUCAGUCAAGAUUCAGGUAUGUUCAGUCCACCUCUUCCAUUUUUCAAGACUCAGGCUAUAACAAAGCUUGGAUAUGGCGUUGUUAACAAGCUAUUUUUGCAAUUGAGUUCAAACCAUGCUGGUGAAGACGAAGAUUGCAGCAAGUUUCCCUUCUUGCAAAUGGCUUUUCAUCGAGCAGACUCAGAGUUGAGGCAUAAGAAGAUACCUUGGUGGAUGAGAAGGACAGCUUCAAUAUGUCCAAUUUACAAGAACUCUAGCGUGUUGCUGUCUUGGUUUGCCGGAAAAGAAGCUGUUGAGCUUGAAUCACUGAGUGAUGAAGAGAUUAUUAAUGGGGUUUCAGCAUCAAUAUCUAGCUUUUUACAAUCACCCCAGAAGCAAGUUAAUGGAAAUUCUCUUGAAUUCUGCAAUGGAAGUGUGGGAAGCUCAAAUGGAAAUGAAUUGAAAUUCAGCAAGGUUUUGAAGAGCAAAUGGGGGAGUGAUCCUCUGUUCUUGGGAUCUUACAGUUAUGUAGCAGUUGGAUCAAGUGGAGAUGAUAUGGAUUCAUUAGCAGAGCCAUUGCCUGUUAAGCUUGGCAGCCAUGAAUCUGCAGGGUGUCCUCCACUUCAAAUUCUAUUUGCAGGGGAGGCAACGCAUAGAACUCACUAUUCUACUACCCAUGGUGCUUAUGUUAGUGGCCUUAGAGAAGCCGACAGGCUUCUCCAACACUAUCGUUGUGUUGGGGUUUAGACACUUAGUACUAUAAAAAUAAUAUAUAUAUAUAUAUAAUUUAAAAUUUUGUUAGACACUUAUUUUGGUGAUUUUUUUUUCUUCCCAUUUUCUAUUUUCCAUCUAAAACAUGUUUCUUUCUCUUUCUAUAAAGUUAAACGAGUAAUGAGUGGAAGCAAAGAAGAAAAAUUAGGGAGGGACGAAAGAGAUAGAUGGGGACAUUUUUAGAUGUAUUGCCUGAAUUAAAAGAAGCUUCUUUUAUAUUUUCUAUGGCA